AUGGCUGUUUCGUUGCAAAAAAAAGCGAAAUCAUUUGAUUUCACGCGUGAACUGCCACCCCUUUCCUUUUCUCCCAAAUGCACACCAUCAGUGGCAGUAGCAGGAGGAGCAGGAGUAGUAGCAUCAUCAUCAUCUCCAGCUGAUUACAUUUACCCAUUGCAACAGGCAGAAGCAUCUGUGACUGUAGCUGCAGCAACUGCACAGGCUGUGGUUACUUCGAUAACAGUAGCCUGUCGGUGUGGUGUUCAAUCGAUGUCUCAUGUUGCUUUUACAGCUGAACAUGACCAGAACGUAAUGCCGUGCAAUCGAGGUGAGUAUGCAGUCUAA